GGCUGCCUCCAGAGGAGAAGGAAGGAGGCGGAGGAAGGAAUGCUGCAGGAUGCUGCUUAUUAUUAUGGCUGUCAGACCCAGCGGCGAUUAGAUAAAACGAGCCUUUUCAUGUGAGAUUUACCAGCAUGAUAUGCACCAUGUCCGCCGCAGCUGUCGCGGUAUGGCUGAGUACGGUGUUCAUUGUGCAUGCCUAUGAUAAGAAACACAGCGCUUUACCUGAGACGAAUGUCUCUAAGGAUCAGGCCAUGGCCUUGAAGCUGAGAACGGCCUUGUACAGAGACGUGAUCACCAUCUUGUCGAGGUCUCACGCCGACCGUAACGUCUACCCGUCAGCAGGGGUGCUGUUCGUCCAUGUGCUGGAGCGAGAGUACUUCAAAGGAGAGUUUCCUCCCUACCCAAAAUCAGGUGAUGCCGGCAACGACCCGAUCACGUUCAACACCAACCUGAUGGGCUACCCCGACAGACCGGGCUGGCUGCGCUACAUCCAGAGGACCCCGCAUAGCGACGGGGUGCUCUACGGCUCCCCCACUGCCGAGCACGUCGGCAAACCCACCGUCAUAGAGAUUACCGCCUACAACAGACGCACUUUCGAGACGGCGCGGCACAACUUGAUCAUAAACAUCAUGGCCACGGAGGAGUUCCCCCUGCCUUACCAAGCUGAGUUUUACAUCAAGAACAUGAACGUGGAGGAGAUGCUGGCCAGCGAGGUGCUGGGGGACUUCCUGGGUGCCGUGAAGAACGUGUGGCAGCCCGAGAGGCUCAACGCCAUCAACAUUACGUCGGCGCUGGACCGAGGCGGCCGCGUACCGCUGCCCAUCAACAACCUGAAAGAAGGUGUUUAUGUGAUGGUCGGCGCUGAUGUCGCCUUCUCGUCGUGCCUGCGGGAGGUGGAGAGCCCACAUAACCAGCUGCGCUGCAGUCAGGAGAUGGAGCCCGUCAUCAGCUGCGACAAGAAGUUCCGAGCUCAGUUUCACAUCGACUGGUGCAAGAUUUCUCUGGUCGACAUCAACAAAGUAGUACCGAUAUACAUCACCCGUCCCGACCCGGGCACCGGCAUCCUGCCCGAAUUCGGGGAGUACGACCCCCCGUCCGAGUCCCUGAAGAGCCGGGACUACUUCUCCGACUUCCUCGUCACGCUGGCCGUCCCCGCCGCCGUGGCACUAGUCCUCUUCUUCGUCCUCGGCUACACUAUGUGCUGCAGACGGGAAGGGGUGGAAAAAAGAAACAUGCAAACACCAGACAUCCAGCUGGUUCACCACAGCUCCAUCCAGAAGUCCACCAAGGAGCUGCGGAGCAUGUCUAAGAACCGGGAGAUCUCCUGGCCGCUCUCCACCCUGCCCGUGUUCAACCCGGUCAGCGGGGAGGUGGUGCCGCCCAUCCACCCGGACAACUACGAGACCACCAGCAUGCCCCUGAUGCAGACACAGGCGAAUCUGCAAAACCAGAUUACGAUACCACAGCAACGGCCAUCAGGAGAUAAUUAUGUCAUGUCGACAUUUCGAAGGCUAGAGGUAAAUGGUAUUCCUGAGGAGAGAAAGGUGGCCGAAGCUCUGAACCUAUGACCAGAGGUACCAGCGACGGAGCCGACCCAGUCUCCACGUCUUUUGUUUUUUUUUUCAUUCGUGCCAUUCGUGCCAAUCUGCAUGUGUCAGAAGUCGUAUCGUCCAUAUGCACUUACACUUUAUAGAGUGAGUGUGAAAGAGAAGAGCUUAGCCUAGAAUAUUUUGGAAUACUUGUGUAAAUGUUUAAAAAUGAUUAAUAGGUCUGUAUCCCUACUUGCUUUGCACAGUGGACCUCUCGGAAGGAAAAAGGGAGUUUUACAUUGAAACGCUUUAGUUGUCAUGUCAUGUUAUUAAUUACGUGUAACGUGUCACAUGAUAAACAUAAAAUCUUUCAAAAAAAGACUUUCUAAGCUUCACCUUUCUUCUACUUGCAAGUGUGAAUGAUCUGAAAGUUCCACAAAGGGAGCCAAAACACCACAUUUUAUGAAGGUAUUAUUAACAAUAUACAACAGAAUAAAGGCAUUUAUAAAUAAUAUGGAUACAUUUCACAUUUCUUAAGACAUCACAAAAAAAUUACAUGUAACAUAUUUCAAAGAGGCCCUGCACAGGGGUAUAAAUAGUUGUUGCUUUUACACGACCGAAGAGAUCAAUUAAGGCCUGAAACAAUAUGACUGUAUCGCUGCUGAUGAGAAAACAGAUCCGUAAACUUUACACAUCCGAGUAAACGGCAACGUGGAAAUGCCAUUCUUGUAAUGAGGUGAGGAACGGUGUCAGGGAUCGACUCUCGGGUCACAACCCGAACAACGGCGUUGGGUGAAUGACACGAGGAGCCUCCGAUGCCGAAGACACAUUGUUUCACGGUGAAGAAGAAGGAGAACGCGGACCUUCGUUUUUCCUCUUUAAAGAGAAGCUACACAAACUAACACAGAAUGAUUUAACACUGCAACCUUAUACUACCCGGCGGUAGAUGAUAGAUGCCACUCCUAAAUUCAUAUGCUGUAAUAUAAUUCAUAAUAAUUGACGAGGUUUGAUUUACCCAAUAAAAAUGUGCGUCUGCACCGGUACCGUGUUAAACUCCUAUUAAACGUUGUAAAUCACCCCAAAGAUGAAAAAGGAGAAGAAAAAAAAGUGCUCUCUCUCAAACAUCUGAUAAACAGACAGACACACAUCGCCUAUUUGCCAGUUGACAAAAAAUACAAGCAACAGCAAUGUGUCUUCUCAGGCAGUCAGUGCAUUUACCAAGUAGUUUCUAAACGUUGAUGUGGCCCCGAUGUGAAGUGCCUAAAGAUGGAAGAUUGUGAUCCCAGCUUCAUCUGAAGAUGCACUGUACGUAUAAGCCACUGAAAAUAAAAGCUUGUGUGUUCGAAGGCAUUCGAUCUCUGGGGUGGAAAAAAAAAAAAAAAAAAAAACUCGCACACUGAGCAGAAAGAUCACAGGACGUAGUAGAAUACAUGUGCAACUUGACGCAUUUUCCACCAGAGCUAUGAGGUGUGUCUUAACAGAACCGAGGGGAGAAAGGACUAAAAAUCACUGCUGAAGCGUCGCUGUAUAAAAUAAAUCUCUCACUCUUUCGUACAAAUAUACACGGACUACAAAGUGAGCUGCUAACAUGACAGAGAGAUGGCAUUAAAAGCUGCAGGCGGGCGGCUCAACCUCAUCAUCACGUAAUCGUCUACGAGAUUCUGGGAUGGGUACAAAAUUGCCUAUGUAAUACUUCCUUCACAAACAGCAGUCAUGGGCACAAAGUUCAAAAUAAAACAAAGCCUAAAAAAAAAAAAAAAAAA